UCCAUUCACUGGCAGAGGCCCGGGAAGGAGCCGGAGGCAGAUCUCCCCUUCUAUCACCCCCGUGCUCCUUCUGCCGAGGUGGAGAUGACGUCCUAUGUGCUCCUCGCUUACCUCACCACGCGGCCGGCACCAUCCCAAGGAGAUGUGUCAUUAGCAGCUCAAAUUGUAAAGUGGAUCAGCAAACAGCAGAAUCCCAAUGGGGGCUUCUCCUCCACCCAGGACACAGUGGUGGCGCUCCAGGCCCUGUCCCUAUACGGAGCAUCUACCUAUGCCAAGAGCGGAGGAGCGUCCACAGUGACCCUGCAGUCCACAGGGAAUUUCCAGGCCCAGUUCCAGGUGGAUCACACGAACCGUCUGCUGCUCCAGCGUAUGGCACUGCCAGAGGUGCCAGGGGACUACAGCACAGGGGUGACAGGAGAAGGAUGUGUCUAUGUGCAGACCAGCCUGAGGUACAAUGUGCUCCCCAAGCCGGGUGAGGCGCCAUUCGCGCUGGAGGUGCACACGGUCCCUGAGACGUGUGACAGCACCAGGGCUCAGAGGACCUUUGACAUCGCCAUAAGCAUCAGAUACACAGGGAAACGCCCUGUCUCCAACAUGGUCAUCGUUGACGUUAAGAUGCUCUCAGGAUUCAUCCCUGUGAAGACAUCAGUGAGGAAGCUGGAAGGACAUCACCACAUCCACCGCACAGAACUGAGCACCAACCACGUGCUGCUCUACAUGGAGCAGGUGAGCAAUGUGACUCAGAGUUUCUCCUUCACGGUGGAGCAGGACUUCCCCGUGCAGAGCCUGAAGCCGGCGCUGGUGAAAGUCUAUGAUUACUACGAGACAGAUGAAUUUGCCAUCGCCGAGUACAGUGCCCCCUGCAGCAAAGGUAGCGUAUGA